GGGAUUUUUGUGUAAGAUUUCUGGUACGCCAUUGCAAUAAAACUGCUUGUCGCAUUCCGGUAGCUGCCUGGUGAUUCUCCUCUCGCGUCCCCCGGGAGGAGCCGGAGACGUCCGAAGACCCGUGGGCAGGAUGACGCCCCCGGACAGCACGUCUGGGUGCCCCUCCGCCGAGUCCGUGAGGUCGCACCCCCAGCAGACGCGACGACACCGCCGCAGGGGACGGAGGCCACAACGAAAGAACAGAACUGUCCGCGCGAAACAGAGGGUAGCCAAUGCCCUCCGCUGCCUACUCGCCAUGAUCCCGUUGGUGACCCCGUCUACAGCUGCUCCUGCCAUCUUGCCGCCCCUGGCAGCGAAGCCCACGCACUGGGCCCUUACCCCGAAUCUCCCGCUGUUCCAGUUGAUGACCUGGAGCCAUGAGGCGCUUCCGCUUCUGGUGUCUGGCGAUGUGUCCGUCAUCACUGGCGGGUCUGGGAAGCCCCUCGCUAUAGUCGAGCGGCGGUAUGAUAAGACCUUAUCCUGGCAUACAUGGGCCCAGCCUAUUUGUGUGUUUACCAACGACACGGCACCUGGGGGCCCGGUUGCAGACUUUUGUUUUCCCCUGACGAGACAGAUCAGAGAACAGGAGGUGCACCCCUGGAGCGCUACGCGCCACUGGAGCGCCUUGCGUGUUCACAUGGCGGCCAUCUCGAGGGGCCCAGGCCAUGAUGGGACUGUAGUGCAGGACCAGAACCAAACCGGCCCCUCACCCUUGCCGCCCUGCCGCUCAGUCCCGUGGGUUUAUAAUAGCUUACAGCCAUGUUCCACGGGUCACCACGUGCCAGGUCCAACGAGGCACAAUGUAACACUUAGUUUUUGGAAUGGGAUAACUGUACCUACUUUAGUUGCCCCUGUGCCGAUUCCCCAACCAGGGAGACCCCAGACUCACAUAUGGAAGAUCGGACUUGCCCUGCAAGUGGCUACGGUUGCCAUUGGGUUGUACUCUGAUGCGAUAGACUUUGCCGAGCACCGGGACGAGUACAAUGCCUGGAAACCAGUGUUCAGGCACCAGCUUCUUUGUCCGCUCGACACAGAACCGUCACAGCAGUAUCGGUGUGUUGAUCUGGCUGGAACGGUACAGACAGGGCCCAAUGCUAUGUUUCUCUUGUGUCUCCCUAUACACACUUCCAUAACUUACAUGGGCACGGGGUACAACGUUUCUUGUUCGGAACCCCUUGUCACGAACACACUCAACAGUUCUCAUGCUAACUUUACUAUAUUCCUCCUUCGCAUACCCUCUUACACUAUCCAUCCUGUAGAGGCCGACCCGUUUGCCCUCUCCCCUUCUGAUGGGAUUAUGCGAGACCUUCUACGCCCCAAACGGGACGUAGCUGUGGGCACUGUUCUCUCUAUUGUUAAUCUAGCCCUUACUAUCCUAGAAGAGGUCCAAAUUCUUCAAUUACAAAAACAGGUCGCUUUCCUUGCCUCCUCCUUGCAAAACUUUAUGGUCCAAUCCGGCUUAGCCUGGAAACACCAAGAACAAAUUGACCGUGUGCUGUUUUCAGAACUGCAGACCUUCAAGGAGGUCCUUGAGGUAGUCGUACAGCAACAAGCCUUACUGAUUCGAUAUAUGAGAUUGCAAUGCCAUUAUAAGUAUUAUCCUGUUUGUGUAACCCCUAUUCCCUAUAAUGUCUCCCAAUAUGAUCAGUUAGAAUGGCUUCUUAAAGAUGCCAGUACUGCCACUAAUUUUACUACUGAACUUCAUAUGCUAGAUGAGGUCAUUGCGGCCAUACAGAAUGCCACUAUACAAUUCAAUGGCGACUGGGAAGAGAACUAUAACAACGCUAAGGCCUGGUGGGACACUCUCAGUGUCCACCAGUUGCUCCAAUGGGCCUCCAUUGGAGGACUUGUUCUCAUACUAGCCUUUCUUAUCUGUCUGCUCCUGCCCUGCUUGAUUUCCUGUAUGAUUGGGGUUUUGCGCCGCUCCUUAGAAGCUGUAAAAGCCGAUGUCAUUAAACAAAAAGGGGGAGUUGUUAGGGGCGCUCUGGACCUGGGCCUCCUGAAAGGGUAGUGAGACGCCAGGGAGUCUGGACCUGCUGACGCAGCAGUGCCUGUGUGGCUUCUGUCACGUCAGUACCGGGGCGGCUCCAACUGGAGGGGCUCCACCUUCGGGGAGGAAGUGGGGAGGAGCUAACCCGAAACUCCCAAUAUAAGGAGCACCCCAGAGAGGGUCAGUGGGAUUUUUGUGUAAGAUUUCUGGUACGCCAUUGCAAUAAAACUGCUUGUCGCAUUCCGGUAGCUGCCUGGUGAUUCUCCUCUCGCGUCCCCCGGGAGGAGCCGGAGACAUCCGAAGACCUGUGGGCAGGGUGAGUGUGAGGCGGUAGUCAGGGAGCACGGGGUGCAAUUGUGGGGCACACCCGUCC